CUGCAGCCAAGCACAAGACCGCUGUCGCCGGCUUGUGAAAAAAGAAAAGAAAAAAAAAAAGGAUAAUUUCCCGCACCAUGAGACUUGAGUUCGUCGCGUGAUUUCAGAUCUUCAAAUACUGACCAGUUCAUGUCAUCAUCGCUAUCAUCACCUAUAAUAUGCGUUAGGAUGCACACACUGGUCCUGGCCUCCCUAGUGGUGCAGCUCAUGGGCGGUGUGAAGAGCGUGGACGUGGGGCGGCAGGUGGUGGUAGUCUCCCUUGACGGUUUCCCCAAGGAGCAGCUCUCCAAGCACCCGUUGGAACACCUCACUCGGGUCUAUGCGCAUGGUAGUCAGCCACGCAGGUUCAUAAAUCAGUUUCCAACAAAGAGUUUCCCAAACCACUUCAGUGUAGCAACAGGAAUGUACCAAGAGUCACAUGGUGUGGUGGGCAACACAGUGUUUGACAAGGCGCUCAACCGCACUCUCACCAUCAAGGAUAGUGAACUCUUUACACAGAACCCUGGAGUCAUGCCUCUCUGGACUCUGAAUGAACAACUGGGAGGCAGCAGUGGAUGUAUUAUGUGGCCUGGCUGUGAUGUCACCUUCCAUGGGAGGAAUGUGACCUACUGGGAACCUUAUCAACACAAUGCUUCACUUAGCAACAGUGUGGACCUGGCUGUGAAGUGGCUCACACAUGACAUGGUUCCUGCCAACCUAAUCUUCCUAUAUCAUGAUCAACCUGACAUGGCAGGGCAUGUGUAUGGCCCAGACUCUUCCUACUACCGUGAUAUGCUCAAAAAGGUAGAUGCAGGUGUGGGAUACCUCUUUCACUUAUUGGAUCUGCGAAAGUUAAGACAAAAAGUGGAUGUAAUUAUCUUGAGUGAUCAUGGAACAACCUCAGUCUCUGCAGAAACUGGCAUCAUUGACUUGUCCUCUGUGCUCAGCCCAAAACUUUACACCUUCACAGGUGGUUCUCCAGUUCUUAAUGUUUGGCCUGUUGAAGGGAAGGAUCUGUAUGUGUAUGACAGGCUUAAAAAUGGGAGUCCCUCAAAUCACUACAAAGUAUUCCUGAAGGAGAAUCCACAGAUGAAGGCAUGGCACUACAGGGAUAACCCACGCAUCAGCAGCAUCACCUUGGUGUCUGAUGUGGGCUAUGUCUUUCAGGACUUCAGAAAUAACAUCAAGAAUUUUCAAGAGACAGGCUAUCCAGGCUUGACAGAGAUGUUUGGUGACCAUGGUUAUGAGGUGGACAACCCAAGCAUGGAGCCAAUCUUUGUGGCAGUGGGACCUUCCUUCCGACAGAAAUUCAUUGCCGAGAACUUCAGCAAUAUUGAUGUGUAUCCGCUGGUGUGUAUGAUGCUUGGGCUUUCUCCAGGACCCAACAAUGGCUCACUGAACAACAUUCAGACUAUUCUGGCACGCCCCAUCUCCUCACUCUUUAUUGAGCCUCUCCUUGUUGCUGUGGGCACAAUGAUGCUGGGGCUUCUGCUAUCCCACAACAAGUGACAUAUUCAGGUAUUCUGCUACUUUGAGCUGCAUCUUGCCUUUUAUGCUGUUUCUGAACCCUUUAUUUUUAUCACUUAAACCAUGUAGUUCCAUUUGUAUGACUGUGCAUGAGGACCUAGAAAUAGUUAAUCUUAUUGAUUUAUUGACUAAUCAAGUUUUGCAUCCAUUGUGUUUUGUGUUUAUCCUCUGUUUUCAAAGUGUUUCAUUGUACUGACAAUCUUCAUACAAAAUCUGAAAAUUGUCAACAGUUUAGGAGAACAGGAAUGAAAAUUGAGGGAAAAAUAUUAAACGCAUUGGAAGUGA